GUAGGUGAAACCUUGAAGAAAAAGUGGCUCUGUCUUCAAAAAAGUGACCUGACCUUUGCUUUGGGGAAAGGCUCUAGGGCGGCAGAUAAGGCUGUUGCCAUGGUGAUGAAGGAGAUUCCGAGGGAGGAGUCUGCAGAAGAAAAGCCCCUCCUUACUAUGACAUCACAGGGGUGCAGAAGCCAAAAGGAAGCAGAAGCAAGUGAAAAACUGGUGAAUGAACAACAAGAAAGCAGACCCCUUCUGAGCCCCUCCAUUGAUGACUUUCUCUGUGAAACCAAACCAGAAGCUGCUGCAAGGCCUGUAACAUCAAAUACUGCAGUAUUAUCAACAGGUCUGGAUCUCUUGGAUCUUAGUGAACCUGUCUUACAAACCCAAAACAAAGCAAAGAAAUCAGAGAAUCCAUCAAGAAGUGAAGGCUUAAAAGCUUCAACCCACAGAAAGAAGACAGACAAGUCUGACCUUAUCAGUGUGGAUACUGAGCAGAAAGUGCAGACUGUCAAAGUUUCAGACAAGUCUUCACUAGAUUUAGUUGAUAUUCAGACACAGAUAGAGAAAUGGGAUGAUGUCAGUUUUCAUGGGGACAGGAGUAGCAAGGUCCACCCUUCUACAGAGCGAGUAUCAUCAUCAUCAUCUAGAGCUCCAUCAAAAGAGCUUUUAUGGUCCACAGAAAACAGGUCACAGUCUGAGCUGAAUAAUGUCAAGAGUGCCUUGGAUUCUGAUUCAGCAUCAGAAUUAGAACUUGCACCUGCAACACAGGCACGAUCAAUUAAGGAGCAGCGUUGGGGAGCCCCUCUUCUCUCCAGAAAUCACUCCUUGGAGGAAGAAUUUGAAAGAGCAAAGGCAGCUGUUGAGUCAGACACAGAAUUUUGGGAUAAAAUGCAAGCAGAAUGGGAAGAAAUGGCUCGCAGAAACUGGAUUUCAGAGAACCAGGAAGCACCAGGACAAGUCACAAUCUCAACCAUUGAGAAGGGUUAUUAUUUCCAUACUGAGAAUCCCUUCAAAGACUGGCAUGGUGCUUUUGAGGAAGGAUUGAAAAAAAUGAAAGAAGGUGACCUGCCAGUUACAAUCUUAUACCUGGAGGCUGCUAUUUUACAGGAACCCAAUGAUGCAGAGGCCUGGCAGUUCCUGGGCAUAGCACAGGCAGAGAAUGAAAAUGAGCAGGCAGCCAUUGUUGCCCUCCAAAGGUGCUUGGAACUACAACCAAACAACCUAAAAGCUCUGAUGGCCCUGGCUGUGAGCUAUACUAACACUGGCCACCAACAAGAAGCCUAUCAGUCUCUAAGAAACUGGAUAAAGCAAAAUCCAAAAUACAAGUACAUAGUGAAAAACAAAAAAGGGUCCCCAGCUCUUACGAGGAGAAUGUCUAAGACAUCAGAUGAAAGCUCAUUGCUUGAAGAAGUCAAGGAUUUGUACCUGGAGGCAGCUCACCAGAAUGGUGACAUGAUAGACCCUGACUUGCAGACAGGACUUGGAGUUCUUUUUCACCUGAAUGGAGAAUUUAACAGAGCGAUAGAUGCGUUUAGUGCCGCCUUAACUGUUCGGCCAGAGGACUAUACAUUAUGGAACCGUCUUGGAGCAACCUUGGCAAACGGAGAUCGAAGCGAAGAAGCUGUUGAGGCCUACACACGUGCUUUAGAAAUACAGCCUGGCUUCAUUAGAUCCAGAUACAACUUAGGGAUAAGCUGCAUCAACCUAGGGGCAUACAGAGAGGCUGUCAGCAAUUUUCUCACCGCUCUCAGUUUGCAAAGAAAAAGCAGGAAUCUACAACAGGUUCCUCAUCCUGCUCUAUCAGGCAAUAUUUGGGCAGCACUUCGAAUUGCUCUGUCUAUGAUGGACCAGCCAGAACUAUUUCAAGCUGCCAAUGUGGGUGAUCUAGACAUUCUGUUAAGAGCUUUCAAUCUAGAACCGUAA